CUGCUGCCAUCGUCUCUUCAGUCGAGGCGUUACUUUUGAAGUUUGCUUUCAACCAGCAAGAUGUUCUGUUCUCAUGGUGACUAGAGGGAAGAAUCAUUCGAAAUUUUUGUUCCACCAGUCUGAAAGUAUGAUAGUUUAGAAAAGUUGCAAUAGGUAUUUCACAAACUGUGGAAUUUACUUGCUUAAUAAGUGAGCCGCCAGACAACAUCGAUUAAGUUUUUGUUCGUAGGAAAAUGGGCCGUGGUCGACCAAAGCGUGAAAAUCCCAGCAAUGGAGACGCGCCGGCAGCAAAGGUAGCUCGUAGCACCACGAAAUUUGAACUUCCGCUACCCGUGCUACCGAAGCCAUGUGGAAAUGUCCUUUCCUGUGGCCAAGGAGAAGUGGGCCAACUUGGUCUCGGUGAAGAUGUCAUGGAAAAGACGCGCCCCGCCUUGAUUGACAGCCUGAAGGAAAUCGUGGAAAUAUCGGCCGGCGGAAUGCACAAUCUGUGCCUGAACCGGAAGGGAGAGGUGUAUUCCUUCGGAUGUAACGACGAAGGAGCCCUGGGAAGGGCCACGGCGGACGAAGAAGGAUCGGAGUUCGAGCCGAGGAAGAUUCAGCUGCCGGCACCGUGUCUGAAGAUUUCGGCCGGCGAUUCACAUUCCGCCUGCCUGCUGAACGAUGGCCGGGUCUACGCUUGGGGAUCAUUCCGGGAUUCGCACGGAAACAUGGGCCUAACGUUGGAAGGGAACAAACGCUUACCGGUCGAGGUGGUACCAGGCCUCAAAUCGGUGGACAUCGCAUCCGGUGGAGACCACUUGGUGGUCCUGAGCGAAAACGGCCACGUGUACACAGUUGGUUGCGCCGAACAGGGUCAACUAGGACGUAUUUCCACUCGGGCCGCAUCUGGCGAAUCUCGACGUGGUAAAACCGAUCUGCUUCAACCGGGAGUUGUCACACUGCGAGGUAAAAAAGUCUUAGCAGAUGCAAUCUGGGCAUCUACCUAUUGCACUUUCUUCAGGGAUCGCAACACGGCCAAGAUCUUUGCCUUCGGGUUGAACAACUAUUGUCAACUCGGCAUCCCGAAUCCGAGCGAAAAUGUCGUUAAACCGGUAUUCGUACCUGAACAGACUAGUUUCACCGAUGUGAAAUCUAUCGCCGGAGGACAACAUCACACGUUGGUUUUGAAAACCGACAACAAAGUGCACGUCAUUGGCCGCAAAGAAUACGGUCGCCUCGGCCUAGGCAAUGUGACGGAAGACGCUAAAGUUGUGACCCCAGUUGAAGCUCUAGCAGACAAGAAUGUGGUAGAGAUCUGCUGUGGCGAAAGUGCGUCCUUUGCCGUGACAGACAAGGGUGAAGUCUACGCUUGGGGAAUGGGCUCGAAUCAACAGCUAGGAACUGGAAACGAGGACGAUGAAACCACACCAGUUCAAAUCAACAGCAAACAAGUACAAGGCAAGCGAAUUCUCAAGGUUUCCAGCGGCGGUCAGCAUAGCUUAUUCCUGGUGGAAGAGAAACCAGCUAAGGAACCUACUCCUGUGCCUGAAGCUAAGCCUACCACUAAAGCUAACAAAAAAGCCAAGGAAGUCGAGCCUGUCGAGAAAUCAGCGCCGGAAGUAGAAGAUAAACCAAAAACGAAUGGUGCUUCUACUUCAGCCGCGAAGGUGACCGCCGAUUCCAAUGGUGGUACUAAGACGGAAGAAAACGAGGAAGACGAGAAAGAGAAGCCACAAAUGGAAAGUAGUGAGACUGACGCGGCUGCGGAACCCGAGAAGAAGCCAGCUGGCCGGGGACGCAAGCGAAAACUGUGAACGCACCGUAUAAUCGGGACUAGUUAAACCUGUUCAGUACUAGCGAUUUUAUAGGUUUAGUUAGAAACAAUUACGUAAUGAUAGAAACUAAGUGUUUAGUUUUGUGAAAUAAUCAUUUUUAUCAUCUCAUGGUACCGCGCCUCAUUCGACGUUAUUCGUUCUGUAUUACAUUUCUUACCUUACAUCUGUUGAUUUAUUUCCGUUUCUACAUGCCAGUGUUUUCGUUCUACUCUAUUUACGUAGUCAUACUAUUGUUCGGUAACGCAGAUUAAAAAGACAAUCUGAUUGAAAGAGAACAAAUAUUGACCUACAUUGAUUAUGCGUUGGAAAAAAAGAAAAAACUUAAAAUUAAUUUAUUAAAAUCAUUACUACUCAAACCAUAAGAAUAAAAACUUGUAAAACAUGA